AUGAACGCGGUGAGGGCAAAAUCAAGGCAAGUGAUUUGCGCCCCUCCAUAUAUAGCUAGCGUUGAGAAGUACGUCGCCGUCCCGAGCACGCACAGCACAAUGCCUCGUUUCACCCUCAGCAGCCACUCGGGGUCAAACCUGCCGUCGUCGUGCACCGUGUUGAAGACAGAGGCCACGACUCGUGUCUUCACCGUCGCCGGCUACUCGCAAUGUGCGCGGAAGCUCGUCGGCUCCGUGCUUGAGUUCGACAGGUUCCGCCUCGGCGACUGCGCCUACCGCCUCAAGGUGUACCCCGCGGGCUUUGACGAGGAGUCGGCAGGCUUCGUCGCUGUUCUCGUCACCAUGGAAGACCACUGGGACUCGUUCUUACUCGGUAGGGCCGCCCGGACGAUCUUCAUAGAGAUCCUGGACAAGGACGGGGAGCGCGCCGUCUUGGACAACAACACGGCCAGGUCGGAGCAGACGCUGCACCACCACAACCGCAGCAAGGGCUACGUCCGGUUCGUCGCGAGGAGGGACCGUCCGGUGCACGCUGUCCAGGGACGUGGAGCACAAGCACUUACGGAAGCAAGUCAAGCAACACAAUCUCAGCUUGAGGAUCAACACAGCACCCGGCUUAUACCUCCUCUGCUGGCUCUCGUUGCCUUCCUUCAAGUUCCAACUGCAAUUGCUGCCAUGAGACUCAGCCUCCUCAUCAUUGCCGCGAUGGCCGUCCUAAGCACCGCGUCGGCAGCAGUCUACAAUGUUGGCGAACCGGGCGGCGCGUGGGACCUUACCACCAACUACGGCACCUGGGUAUCCUCCAGGAAGUUCCAACUCAGCGACCAGAUCGUCUUCAAGUACUCCCCUCAGGCGCAUGACGUCCUUGAAGUUAGCAAGGCCGACUACGACUCUUGCAGCAUCGUCAACCCUAUUGCGACCCUCAACUCCGGGAACGACAUCGUCACCCUCACCGCCGCUGGCACCCGCUACUUCAUUUGUGGGUUCCCUGGCCACUGCACUAGUGGCAUGAAGAUCAAGAUCGACGUCGUGCCUAGCUCCUCCUCACCAUCACCCGCCCCGGCUAGCGGCCCCAAUGCAAGCAACGCUCCUCCAACCACGCCUGUCUCUACCGCCACCUCCGUGAAGGCCACGGGGUUUGGCCUCGCCAUCCUGCUUGCCUUUAUCGGUUUCAUGGCUUGA